UCUUUCUUAAUAUCCACUAUUACUCUGAAUUGUCAUCCUGACAUUUCGACUUAAUCCAAAUCAUCUCGACCUAAUACAAAUCACCCCAAACUCAUCAUGCUUUUCUCGAACAUCGCAAUUGCGGCUUUGGCCCAGAGCUUGACUGCCUCCGCUGCCACCAUGAUGGUCACGGUUGCUGCCAACAACAAGUUCCAGUUUACGCCAAACUCUAUCGUUGCCCAACCAGGCGACAUGGUUGCUUUCAAUUUCGUUAGCCAGAACCACAGUGUCGCUUCCUCCGACGCAAACAGCCCCUGCCAGCCUCAGGCGAACGCCAUCUUCUCCGACUUUCAGCCCAUUCCCGGUAACCCCAACGGCUCCCCUGGUGCAGGUGGUGCAGGUGGUGCAGGUGGUGCUGGCAAUGCCGCUGGAGCUGCCGCUGCCGCUAACGGCAACGGUAAAGGAAACGGCCGUAACCGCAACAACAACCGCCAAGCUGGAAACACGCCCAUGUUCAUGGUCCCCAUCGUCGAUAACCAGCCCAUGUACAUCUACUGCUCGCAAGCCCAGCAUUGCCAACAAGGCAUGGUCAUGGUCAUCAACCCGCCCAGCGCUCAGGCCGUGACGCAAUACCAGAACCUCGCUGCUCAAGCAAACAACAACGUUUCUCCCCAGGGUGGCAUCAGCGGCGGACAGGUCGUCAACAACCUUGCUGGAACCACUCCCAAGAGCGUCCUCGGUGGUACGGCUGGUGAUGCGGCGACGGCAGCAAAGGCGGCCACAAAAGGCAAUGGCAAAGGCAAGGGUGGCGGUGCUGCUGGUGGUGGUCUUGCUGGAUUCCUUGCGGGCCUUGGUAAGAACAACGCCGUCGUUGAGACCAACUCCAAGAAACUCUUCGGCUUCCCCGGUGCUGGUGCUCUUGGUGCUGGCGCCCUCGGUGGUGGUGGCGCGGCAGCGGCCCUUGCUGGAGCUGGAGCUGGUGGUGCUGGAGGUGCUGGCGCAGCUGCGGGCGGUGGUGGUGCUGGUGCCAUUGCUAAGAGUGGACUCAAGGGUUUCCUCAAUGGACUUGCUCAGGGCGCCAACUAAGCAUUUAAAUAGGUUGUUUUAUCUAGUUGAGUAGGAUGUUGUGGGUAUGGGAUUGGAGCUGUAUGGUACAAGCACGACGAUAUCGAUGGUAGUAGAACAAAUGCUGGUCAUUGGAAUGUAAAUAGUGGUAAUACAUAUCUUAUGAACUUA